AUGGAACCCACCGAGAUGCCCGCCGUGCUCCCCGCGGCCGAGCCCCCCGCCGCCCCGGGCACCGAGCUCGUACCCCGGAGGACGGUCAGCCGCUCUCCCACCUGCGCCCGCUGCCGCAACCACGGCGUCACUGCCCACCUCAAGGGCCACAAGCGCAUGUGCCUCUUUCAGACUUGCGAGUGUCACAAGUGUGUGCUCAUCCUGGAGCGCCGCAGAGUCAUGGCGGCCCAGGUGGCCCUGCGCAGGCAGCAGGAGGCACAGCUGAAGAGGCACCUGACUCGGGGGCUGAUGAGGAGGGGGACAGCCCCCCACAAAGCUCCCAGCCGCGCCAAGAAGGCAGCGGCCCCAGCAGGGCUCUCCUCUGGAAAGGAGAACAUUGCCCCCCAGCCCCCUCAUGGGGCAGUCCCGCUGACGCUGACACCGCCCGGGAAGGAGCAACCUCGGGGGCCCCUGCUGCUGAGCCGGCCCCCAGAAGCCUUGCCUUUGCCCUGGGCUCCACUGCCUCCUGGCCCCUGGGCUCCCGGCCCCUGGCUGCCUCCCAGCCUCGCCAUGCCAGCUCCAGUGGUGUGCCGCCUGCUGUGCCAGGAACCUGCCAUCCCACUGCACCCAUUCCCUGGUUUUGACUCUGGCACCUCCCUCCGGCUGCCCACCCAUGGGCCCCUCCCGCCCUGCCCAGGACCUUGCUCUGUACUGACAGUUCCUCUUUCUGGGGAACCUCAAGGGCCCCCUGGCCUGCCCCGCACGUGCUCGACCCUGAUAGUCCAGUCCUGUGGCUCCCCAGACCCGCUUCUGCUGCAGCCACAGACCCCUGUAGCCCCUCGCCUGGCCUGGACAUCUGCCUCCUCAGAGCGGCAGCUGCAGCGGGAGGCAGCUGAGGCCCUUGUGGGCCUGAAAGAUUCCUCCCAGGCUCCCCGCCUGACCCCUUCUGUGCCCCCCAACCCCACCUGGAUCUCCUUGCUCCACCCCUGUGGACCACCAGCUCCCACAGGAGGACGCGGAUUCCAGCCAGUCGGGCCCUCACUCUGCCCCAGCUCAGCUCCGUCCAUGGCUCUGCACAUCGGCCGCCUCGGGUCCAUCUCCCUGCUGAGCUAG